AUGAAAAAUGUGAGUACGUUUCUGACGUCCACUAAUAGCUCCCUGGCAGAUCCAGCUUCAGCUGGGACAGACUUGGUUUACAAAUCCACAGUGUACAAGGCUGCCUCAGUGCUGUUGGUUUCGACAAUAUGCGGAACUGGAAUCAUCGGGAAUAUUAUGGUGGUACUGGUAGUCAUGACCACCAGACGCAUGAGAACUCCAACUAACUAUUACCUGGUCAGUCUUGCCAUGGCUGAUCUGAUGGUCCUAGUGGCUGCAGGAUUACCUAAUAUUUCUGACAGUCUGAUUGAUGAGUGGAUCUAUGGGCAUGUAGGCUGCAUGGGUAUCACCUACCUACAAUACCUGGGCAUCAAUGCAUCAUCAUGUUCCAUUACAGCAUUCACUGUGGAACGAUACAUCGCUAUCUGCCACCCAAUGAAAGCACAGUCCAUAUGCACAGUCUCCAGAGCCAAGAAAAUUGUAACGUUUCUUUGGGUAAUUACCUCCUUCUAUUGCAUGCUGUGGUUUUUCUUGGUAGAUCUCAACGUCAACAGCAGGCAGAACGCUGAAUGUGGCUACAAGGUCUCCAGGAAUCUGUACUUGCCCAUCUACUUCAUUGAUUUCACCAUCUUCUAUGUGAUCCCUUUGAUUGUGGCCUCAGUACUGUAUGGGCUGAUUGGCCGGGUCCUGUUCCUCAGUCCCAUUCCAAACCAAGUUAAUACAGGUCCUGAGCAACGGAAUGAGCACCGUGGGUCAGAGCAAAUCGGCUCCCACUCUUCUAGCCGAACCAGCAAGGGAUCCAUUUCAUCCAGAAAACAGGUCACUAAGAUGCUUGUGGUGGUUGUUAUUCUGUUUGCUGUACUCUGGAUGCCAUACAGAACAAUAGUCGUGGUCAAUUCCUUCACGGACAAGCAAUACGACAAUGUUUGGUUCCUCUUAUUCUGCAGGCUGUGCAUCUAUACCAACAGUGCUAUCAAUCCUGUCAUUUAUAAUCUAAUGUCUCAGAAAUUCAGAUCUGCUUUCAAAAGGCUGAGCAAUUGUAGCCAAGGUAACACCCAGCAGCGUCCAUUGUACACCACUCCUCUUAAUUACAGUGCGAUGCAUAAUACGGUCAAAGGGAGCCCCGAUGUUAAUGGCAAGCAACACGGUGAAAAGCAGAAUGAUCGUGGGAAAAGCAACAACAUAAAAAUGGAAUCUACUUCGUCUGCAAUAAAAGAUCAGAUAUACUCCCGUGUUUAA